CCGACGGGAAACGGUGAGUGAUCAAACUUAUCAGCGAGCAAACUUCUUCAAAACGCGACCAAACGGGUGAUGUUUAACCAGAUCAUCGCCUGGGACAUAUGUAGCUUUAAUUUUCUACCUGUCGACUUGAUGUGCACUCUUUGUUGCUUUUGAUUUGAAAUGAAUUAAUAGUGCGCACUGUGCGCGCGACUUAUUGCGGACGCGGAAUAGUCGUGCAGCGUUUGUGCGAGUUGCAGCCCGGUAAUUUGUUCAUUUCGUCUGAUUCAGGAUGAAUCAUGUCUGUUUUACUGAGGAGACUGAGGCGCGCAGACCCGACAGCUGCCUCUGUGCUGGAACGAGCAGAUUUUUGCAGCGAUUCAGAGAUCCAGUCUCUGACCCGAGAAGACCUGCACGAGCUGUUUCCUGGACCUGAGAAGCUGAAGCUGAGGAGGAGAAUCUUUGGAAUAAUACACAAAAGAAAACCAGUUGCUGUGCUUCUCAAAGAGCUUCAUGGUUCCAUCCCACAAGAUGCUCUCAGAGCCGCUCUGUCCAACAACAGGUUGUUAUUGGACUACCUCCACGUCCUGAGGGAUGUGAAGACUCAGCUGAACGUUGUGCAGAGUUUCCUCGAAGCCCACCUUGGUUUACUGGAGGACAUCAGCAAAGCUCCACUGGAGCAGCAACGUGGCCGAGGUGGAUUAAACAGCCCAAACUCUUCUCUCCCCUGUUCUCCAGUCGAUCAUGACACUCCAGGGGAUGUGUAUUCUUACAGGGCUCAAGUGAUGUACCAGAUGGUCAUCAGUGGUAAGACCUUCGAUGCCCACCUUCAGCUGAUGGCCAAGGUUCAGGCUCUCCUUCAGGACAAGCUUCAGCUCAUUUCAUGCUGCCAGGAUGGUCAGAUCAUCAUUAUGUUCUGCACCAUCACUUCACAGAGUGGAUCAGACAUUCAUUCGGCCAUGACUCGUGUAACAGGUAAUGAACCUGUCAUCCUGGUUCUGAUGCAUCACACACUGGAGGUCAAACACACACUUUUAAGAAGAACGUGGUCUCAUUACUCCAAUAUUGUGUUGCACGUCAACGUUUUCUACCACGAGGCAGCAGGUGGAUUACUGAGAUGUCAAGAAAACAAUGCUGCUGCCUCCUGGAUUCAGAGCAGAUUACUGGAAUACAGCCUGCCGAGGAAUAGGUGCAGCUUGAGUGGUGAAUGUGAUGGUGCUGUUAAUGAUCGAGGCUCUCGUGUUGACGGUAGCGGCAGUUUUAGGCUGUUCAGCAGUGGCAGCAGCAGCAGUAGCAGCACCAGUAGUAGUGAUAGUUGUAGUAAAAGUAUCUGGGGCCCUGGGGAGUAGACAAUACCACAAGUUCUGGUGGUAACUAAACUGACUUACUUUUGAUAAUGAUGUGAUAAUGUAGAUGCAUUUACAUUAUGAGUUUCAUUCGUCACUAUAAGUGUUGGUCUGUGAUUUCCUAUUUAACAUAUUUUAUUUUAUAUUAUUGUAAUAUUUCCCUUAUGAUUCUUAAGUUCCUGUUGGUUCUAGUCAACUGGAUGAUGCAAAUUAAAUAAAUUAUAGCACGUUGUUCUUUGUGUAGAAAUAUUUUUUUACCUUUUUUAUAUUAUGCUUGUCAAUUAUCUCAUACUUACAUAAUGUAUGAGGACUAAUCUUUGACAAAUUAUAAUAUAAAUAAUAAUAUGUCAACAAACUAAGGGUUUAUACGUAUUAAUUAGGUCAACUACAUCCCAGAAUUUCUGGCUUUUGAGAGUAUGUUUUUUUCUGCCCUCUUGCGGAAGUAAGCUGUUACUACAAUGUUCACAUAAAGCUAAACGAGACAUAACUGAGCACUUCCUGUAAAGUAUUUCAAAAUAAACAUUUUUAAAUGCCUGUUUAAAUUAGCGCCAACGGCAUAAAUUAUUUAAUUUUCAGGGUAAAAAGUAUUAAAUCAACAAGCUAAAGCAGGUCCUAAAGCAAUUCAAACCACAUUGAUUUGAAUGUCUUUGCUACAAACUUCAGAUCAUGCGCCCUCUGGUGGUAACAACGAAAAUAUGUCCACUGUUUUAAAGGGAUUUUGCUCACCUAAUAAAUUUCAAUUAUGUAUUAAUAGGUAAUAAUCCCAAACAUAUUAAAAUUAUCUGAUUUUCAGUUUAUUCAAAUUAAUACUAAAAAGAAUAUAUUCUGUUAAAUACUAAAACAAUGGAAAUAUAACACUUUAAAUUUUAAAUUUAUGUGAAAAAAAAUCCCACUUAUGUGUAAAACAGCCAGUCUUUGCAAACACAAACUAAUUUUUUUAAAU